AUGGUAGCAGGCAAUGUAUGGAUACUAUACAUAGUCCCGGUGAUGUUUGAAUCGGUCUUGUUCCUCUUAACAGUGGCCAGGAUUUAUGUGCUAAGCAAGGAAUUUGGAUCGACGCCCCUGAUGCAGACACUGGCUCAGAACGGAAUAUCGUACUUUGCGGCUCUUGUUGGAAUCAUGAUUCUUGCAUGUGUUGCGGGGGUAAUCCCCCCUUUGAAGAUCGCUGCCAAUGGUUCUGGGUAA